AUGGGAAGCAGCAGUAGAAAUAAGCGUGGGAAGCGCAGCGUGGACUGGGAGGCAUAUGUGGGGGAGGAGACGGCGCAGCAGCUGCGCAAGGUGGGCGGAGAGGGGGUGCCAGUGCCGGCAGAGCUGGCGCGGCAGUGGAGCUACACGUACAGCGUGGGGUGGCUGUACAACGUGUGCGCGAGCUACUGGACGGAGGCGGGAAAGCCGCUGUGGAAGGAGGUGCGGUUUGACGAGCGGCUGAUGCUGGCGGACGUCGGGGUCGGGGAGGGCGUCUUCCGCGAGGUGCAGGAGCAGCUGCUGCGGGCGGUGUCGCAGAGCAAGGCGGCAGAGGUGGAGGACUGGGACGCGGUGGUGAAGCCGCUGUUGCGGGGCGCGGUCGCGGACUACGAUGGGGACGCGGAGUUUGCGGCGCUGGGGGUGAGCGCGCAGUUCGAGGUCGUGUACCGGCUGAUCAAGCUGGCGGAGCGGCGCAGCAUCGCGUUCCGCAACUACGUGACGAACCACGAGGCGCUGUUCCAGUUUCCGCAGAUCUGGGAGGACGAGCAGACGUCGGUGCUAGUGCUGCCGGGGAGCAAGGUGGUGCGCAAGCGCGUGGUACCGCGCAAGGGCGUGGGACUACGGAUCCCGGUGAAGCUGCGCAACUGCACGGUGCGCUACGAGGACCCGGGCGGCGCAGUGGAGCUGGCGCACUACGACUACUCGAGCGAGCUGGACGCGUAUCUGAAGGAUAUCGAGGUGGAGUACGAGGUGCUGGCGUACAACUGGCCGACGUUUCUGGCGUACGUGCAAGAGCUGGAGGAGGGGGAGUUCCGCGAGUUCUUCUGCGAGCUGCUGCCGUACGCCGCGGAGAACGAGGUGUACGGCGCGAAGCUGUGGGCGGGGCUCGUGAAGGAGCGCUCGAUGCAGGAGCUGAUCACGCGCAGAAAGCGCUCGUCACUCACGCCUUGUCGCGCGCGAGGAGGAGACGCAGCGACGGCAGGUGGAGGACGACUGGCACAGCAAGCUCGACGAGCGCGACCGCUUCCUGCGGCUGCGGAGCAAGCUCGUGGCCAAGCGUGCCAAGAAGACCAAGGACGCGCUGUGGACGGUGCUGUGGGAGCGCUUCGAGAGCGACGCUAAGAUCGAGAAGAUGCGGCGCCGCAACGAGGCCGCCACGCCCGAGGCGGGCGGCGACGAGCUCCUGACGCCGGCGGAGCGCUACGCGCUGGAGCAGGGGCAGGGCUUCCUGGCGCCUGUCGUCCCUGUCGCGGAGCCGGCGCGGCCCCUGGCCGUGCCCUGCAACGAGCUUCCCGAUGAAUACUGCAUCACCAAGACUGACUUCGACCGGCUCGCUAGCCACGGCAUCCCGGUCGAGGACGUCCACGAGGACAGCAAGGACUGGUACUUCCAGUGCCCCUGUGGAGUAGAGGAGGUUAGCCCGGGCCUAGAGAGCCCCGCGCUGCAGCAGGCCCUGGUCUGCUGCGACCAAUGCCUCCGCUGGCAGCACUGGGACUGCCAGCACCCCGCAGCGAUUGAGCUGCUGGCCGCGGGCAAGGACUCUCACAAUUUUGCCCUCGUGCCCCCUGGGCCUGCCCCCACGCGCCGCGCCUCACGGCGCGGCGCGGCCGCAGACCCCUACCAGGACCCAGACAGACCAACGGCCCGCCGCCGCCCCGUCGGUGAGGCGGAACCGUUUUUGUGCUCCUGGUGCGUCGCCGCCCUGGAACGCACCCUACGUGCCUCCUUCCGCGACGAGCUCACCGCCACACGCCUGCGGGAACGCAAGCAGGCUGAGGAGCGCGAGCGCCGCAAGCGCCUCAAGGAGGAGAAGCGACGCCAAGUCCUCUUCCACCGCCAGCAGCAGCCCGUCGCCACGUUGCUCUCCCAGCACGCAGUGCCGGUCGCACAGUCACGUGACCAGUACCCCCUGCACCAGCCGCAGCUUGCAUCCUGGCAGGUCCACCGCCCCAGCCCGGCCACUCACAUCCUGCCUACGCAGCUGCCGGGCCCCGCCAGAACAGGCCUGCUUCCCCAUGCACAGGCCCCGGCUACGGCCAAGCAUGAGCCCCAGCCGGAGACCCUGCGUCCCGCACAGCCCGAAGGCACUAACGACCACGACGACGCCAAUCCACCGUCGCACAGCCAGCGUAGCCCGGCCAGCGUGGCUAGCAGCGGUGCCUCUUAUCCAACAGACACCUACGCCUAA